UACAUUAUUUACAUCAGAACGUAGCACAGCGUUGCAUCCUGCUGAACGCGCGCCACUGGCAGCAACUUUAGAAAGUCUCUGCCUCCACCUGCCGAUGGAUAAUCAGAAAUACGGCGCAAAGAACCCGUCGGUGCUUUUCAGUGACAGUGACGCGCACUGUAGUCUUCUUUUUCUCCUCAAUGAAUUAAAUCGCAUCCACCACCACACCUCCAUGCAUGGAUUGUCUCGAGCACUGCCACUUGCUUCACCCACAGGUAUGCGCCUCGCGCUGAACUCCGUGAAGACGUUUGUCAACAAACGCCACUACUUGCUGCUUUUGUCUUUCCCCUUUUCCAGGUGAAAGGAACACCUUUUCAAACAAAAUAUCGGCCAAGACUGUUGGGCGAACAUAGCUGAUAAGUUCACAAUUGAAAAUAACUGAUUUAAAGCCUGACCAUGGCGACAAUUGGGGAUUUCGACCCGCUCAACUCCACCGUACCUGCGACUAAGAUUGAAGUUACCGUCUCGUGCAGGAACCUGUUGGACAUGGACACCUUCUCCAAGUCAGACCCUGUUGUGGUGUUGUUUGUUCAAGGCAUUGGAACAAAGGAGUGGAGAGAGUUUGGUAGAACAGAAGUGAUCGAUAACACGCUGAACCCGGACUUUGUGCGGAAGUUCGUCCUGGAUUUCUUUUUCGAAGAGAAGCAGAAUCUUCGCUUUGAUGUGUACAAUGUGGACACCAGAAGUUCAAACAUGUCAAAACAUAAGGACUUUCUGGGCCAGAUGUUCUGCACCCUGGGGGAGAUCAUCGGGUCCACGGGCAGUCGGCUGGAGAGAACUCUGUCGGGGAUCCCCGGGAAGAAGUGUGGCACAAUAAUAUUCACCGCCGAGGAACUGAGUAACUGCAGGGACAUUGUCACCAUGCAGCUGUGUGCCAACAAGUUGGACAAGAAAGACUUCUUCGGCAAGUCAGACCCUUUCCUGGUCUUCUACCGCAGCAAUGAAGAUGGAACGUUCACCAUCUGCCACAAGACUGAGGUGGUGAAGAACAACCUGAACCCAGUGUGGCAGCCGUUCACCAUCCCGGUGCGAGCCCUCUGUAAUGGAGACUACGACAGGACGGUCAAAGUGGACGUGUAUGACUGGGACAGAGACGGAAGAUGCUGCAGGUGUUUCUUUCGCAACUAUUCCCACAGUCAUGACUUCAUUGGCGAGUUCACCACCAGCUACAGAGAAUUCUCCAAAGGCCAGAGCCAGUUCAAUGUCUACGAGGUUUUGAACCCUAAAAAGAAAGGCAGGAAGAAGAAAUAUGUCAAUUCAGGGACAGUCACCCUGCUGUCUUUCAAAGUGGAGUCAGAAUUCACAUUUGUGGACUUCAUCCGGGGAGGGACGCAGCUGAACUUCACAGUGGCCAUUGAUUUCACAGCAUCUAAUGGGAACCCGAGCCAGCCCACCUCUCUCCACUACAUGAGUCCGUACCAGAUGAAUGCCUACGCCAUGGCCCUGAAGGCUGUGGGCGAGAUCAUCCAGGACUACGACAGUGACAAGCUGUUCCCCGCCUACGGCUUCGGAGCCAAGCUGCCCCCGGACGGCAAGAUCUCCCAUGCUUUCCCGAUGAACUUCAACAGUGAGAAUCCCAACUGCGUGGGGAUUGAGGGAGUGUUAGAGGCCUACUUCCAGAGUCUGAGGACCGUUCAGCUAUACGGUCCGACCAACUUUGCUCCUGUCAUUAACCAGGUGGCACGAUGUGCUGCAGAUGUGACUGAUGGAUCCCAGUAUUUUGUGCUGCUGAUGAUCACGGAUGGCGUCAUUUCAGACAUGGUGCAGACCAAGGAAGCAGUGGUCAACGCUGCUGCUCUGCCCAUGUCGAUUAUUAUCGUGGGAGUUGGCCCUGCUGAGUUUGACGCCAUGGAGGAGCUGGAUGGUGACGUGGUCAGGGUGUCCUCCAAGGGCCGCGUGGCGGAGCGAGACAUAGUGCAGUUCGUACCGUUCCGGGACUACAUCGAUCGCCAAGGCAACCAAGUGCUGAGCAUGGCGCGGCUGGCCAAGGACGUGCUGGCGGAGAUCCCAGAGCAGCUGCUGGGCUACAUGAAGACAAGGAACAUCAUACCUCAGCCCGCUCAGCCGGCCGCCUCCUCCUCUUCCACCAACUCCUCCUCCAGGACCUCCUCCUCCACCACCACUACCACCUCCAAGAUGGGCUCGCUGGGACUCAACAAACUGCGCAUCUGAGAAAGGACGAUGGGUGGGGUUUGGGGGCGCUCCUGGAUUCAGGGUCACAGUUUGCACCAUGUUAGUUUCAAGCCAAUACCUGAAUAGACAUACA